AUGGAAGCACUCACAGUUGGCUUGACCAACUCGACCUAUGAGUGUAUGGUCUGUUGGGAUGUUGUCCGCCCAGCCCAUAGGAUCUGGAAUUGUCAGGUUUGCUGGGCAGCUUUCCAUCUUGAUUGCCUCUCCACUUGGGCUAAAAAGUCAUCUUCAGAUUCUAAUGGCCAUGGAGAAGGUUGGCGAUGUCCAGGUUGCCAAAAUACUCAAAUCUCGCUCCCUAAAGAGUACACUUGCUUCUGUGGCAAGACAGCCAACCCUGAAUACAAUCGAUACUUCACCCCUCACUCCUGUGGUGAACUCUGUGGACGCUCUAGAGACUGUCCUCACUCAUGCAGCCUUCCAUGUCAUCCUGGUCCAUGUCCUCCUUGUAGUGGCAUGGGCCCUACUCAAUCAUGCUACUGCGGCAAUGAGACUUUCCAGCUGCGCUGCGUCGAUACUGAUUUCACUUUUCAGACCGGUCAAUCCUGUCAAAAGGUCUGCGGAGAACUUUUAGGGUGCGGGAAACAUUCCUGUGCAUCCGUUUGCCAUCCUGGACUCUGUGCACCCUGUGAGGAGGAAGAGAUCCAACACUGCUAUUGUGGGAAACACGAGCGUCGAGCACGCUGUGGCGAAGGAGAGCCCAGAAAAACUUUAGUGGAUGGUGACGAAAUUAAUGGGUUCUUCGAGUGUAAAGAGAUUUGUAAAAGAUUAUUUGCAUGUGGUCAUCAUGAAUGUACCAAGAAAUGCCAUCCCAUCAGUAAAGAACCAAGUCAAUGCCCAGCUUCGCCUGAGCUUGUUAAGACUUGUCCAUGUGGAGCCAAGCCAAUCUCACUGCUUUUGAAUAAGGCCCGAAAGACUUGUAUGGAUCCUGUUCCUGUCUGUGACGGAGGCAUUUGCAAGAAAGUGCUUAGUUGUGGACACCAAUGCAUGCAAAAGUGUCACACCGGAAAGUGCGCACCUUGCAAAACUGUUGUUCGGCUGGAUUGCCGAUGCGGAUCCACACAUGUCGAAAAAGUCUGUUCUGACAGAGGGCUCUACCAAGAUAAGCAGCUGACUUGCGAAAAACCAUGUCGAGCUCUCCGGACUUGUGGUAAACAUCAAUGCACAAAUCGUUGUUGUCCAGCCAAGAAUCAGAAGCAGUCCAGGAUCUCGCAAGAGAGCAACUCAACUUUGAUGGAAGCCCACGCUUGUACAUUAGUCUGUGGUAAGAAAUUGCGCUGCGGGGUCCAUACUUGCGAGAUGUCCUGUCAUAAAGGGCACUGCAAUCCGUGUCUUGGUAAGUUUUUUUUUUUUUUUUUUUUUUAA